AUGGGGCUGAGCCCGGCCCCCGGCAAGGCACUGAGCCCUGUGCUGCUGUGCAAGGUGUGCGGGGACACCAGCAGCGGGAAGCACUACGGCAUCUAUGCCUGCAAUGGCUGCAGCGGCUUCUUCAAGCGCAGCGUCCGCAGGAAGCUCAUCUACAGGUGCCAGGCGGGGACAGGGCUGUGCCCAGUGGACAAGGCGCACCGCAACCAGUGCCAGGCCUGCCGGCUGAAGAAGUGCCUGCAAGCCGGCAUGAACAAGGACGCCGUGCAGAACGAGCGCCAGCCCCGCAGCACGGCCCAGGUCCGGCUGGACAGCAUCGAGCUGGAGGCUGAGCUGCCCCCCGAGAAUGUGGCCACCACCCGUGAGGUUCCCCCCACCCCCUGCCCAGCUCCCCGUGGUCCCCGAGCACCCACGCCGCCCACCAACCAUCGCUUCAUGGCCAGCCUGAUGACGGCCGAGACCUGCGCCAAGCUGGAGCCCGAGGACCCCGAAAAUGUCUACGAGACCUCAGCACGUCUCCUCUUCAUGGCUGUGAAAUGGGCCAAAAACCUGCCCGUCUUCUCCAACCUGCCCUUCCGCGACCAGGUGAUCCUGCUGGAGGAAGCAUGGAGUGAGAUGUUGCUGCUCUGUGCCAUCCAGUGGUCCAUGCCCCUGGAGAAGACCCGUGGCCUGAAGGACCCCGAGCAGGUGGAGAACCUGCAGGACCAGUCGCAGGUGAUGCUGGGCCAGCACAACCGUUCUCACUACCCUGGGCAACCCGUCAGAUUCGGGAAGCUGCUGCUGCUCCUCCCGGCGCUGCGCUUCAUCUCCUCUGAGCGUGUGGAGCUGCUCUUCUUCCGCCGGACCAUCGGCAACACCCCCAUGGAGAAGUUGCUGUGCGACAUGUUCAAGAACUGA